AAUUGGAGGAAUAUUUCAGACAAUUGCCACACGCGCCACACGCGCCACACGCGCCCGCUCAAACGCAGGUUGGCGGUGCCUUACCGCGCGUUUGCGAUUAGGGUUCUACUGGCUGAGUGAGUUUACGUCCACUGUUAAUUUCCCUCCAGAUUUCGGUCUGUGUGGUUCGCGCCUCUUCCAUCGUUAUAUCAUCAGAGAUCUUCAGCACUUACUUUCACCUUUCAUGGUCGCUUUCAGGAAGCAAUUGCUGGAAAGUGCAACGUUAUCUGCGUUUCAGAUGACAGCAGAAAUCCACGACCUUCAGAUGAAGAACUCGAAAAGGCUGAUUUUGUAUUUUUUCGUACAUUUGAUGUUGGAAAACAAGAGGUCUGCAAUGAGAUGUGUGCAAAAAUUGCUGGAGUAGAAGUUAAAUUUUUGCUUAAUAGAUUAGAUACGUCAAAAGAUGUUACGAGGACCGAUACGGAUGGGAAAGAUGCAAGUGUCAUUGCAAUUGUAGAUACUGAAUCAGAAGAUCCUUCUGGACGUAAUACUUCCAAUGGGGAACUAACUUUGAAGACUACUGAAAACUCUUUCAAGAAGUCCACAAAGGAAAAUGUUGAGUUGGAGGAGCCUAUUGAGAAAUCCUCCAAUGGAGAGAGGUCUGGAGUAUGUGUGAUUGAUGGGGGAAAUGGAAUGGCUAGAACUAGUAGUAAACAAGAAAACAUCUUAGAUGAUAAGGUAUCUCCGAAGCCUGAAAUUGAUUCUAAUGAGAUACACCGUAAAGGUGUUGAAGCUCGAGCUAAGGAUGUUGACGGUAGAGUUAAAAGCCCCAGGGCCUCUGCUGAAGAUGAACAUAGGUCAGCAAAGAAGGCAAAACUAGAUAGUUCUGUUCAAUUAUCUCAUGGAAAGACCAAGAGUGACAUUGAAAGGCUUGCCCUCAAUUGCAAAAAUGGCGAUACACUGGCUUCCCCACCUAAGGUUCUUGUUUCUGAAACCAAAGAUUAUCAUGAAACCAAAGAUAGCCUUAUAAAGAAGCCCAAACUAGAUGAGAAGCCAACAAAGGUUUCUAAUGGCAAGAACCUAAAGGCCUCUUCCCAAAUAUCUUCAGUUACAGACUGCAAAAUAGAUGGUGAAAUUGUGGAAGUUACUAGAAGGCCAGAUGCUGAUAGAAGCAGAUGGUUCAAGGGACUGCCGUGGGAAGAAAGAAUAAAAGAUGCAUAUGAGCAAGGAACACUUGUUCUAAUUCAGAAUUUGGAUCCUGCUUACACUUCAGGUGAAGUGGAGGAUAUUGUCUGGCAUGCCUUCAACGAGAGUUGCACAGCUAAGAUGAUUCAGCGUACUGCAAUUUCUAUGCCUCACAUAGGUCAAGCUCAUGUUGUAUUCAAAACUAAGGAAGCAGCAGAUAAAGUGGUUAGAAAAUUAGAUGAAGGUUGCUUAUUACUUGCAAAUGGGAGAGCUCUUGUUGGUAGCUUUGCAAUUCCUCAACUUCCGUCAAAGAAACAAAUUUUUUUUGGGCAUCACAGUAUUGAUAAGCUUAGACAUCUAAUGCAACGUGAGAUGAAAGAAGCUGUAUCAACUUCGCAUUGUUCUCAGCCGAACACAGUAGAAUACGACAUGGCCAUGGAAUGGUGUUUACUACAAGAAAGAUCAGAACGCGCCUGCAGAAAGUUGUUUAAGCAACAAGAAGAGGAGUUAAGAGAACUCAAGGGCAAGCUGAAAUCUAGAUGAGCUCCAUUGGCCUCACAGAGGCGUUCAACCAGUUGAGAAUCCUUUUGAUCUAGCACAUUUUGAAUCAUGGGAGGAGUACCUUCGUCUUGCUAGUACCAGAGACGAUAGACUUAAUUAUCUUGCUCCUGCAAGUUAUCAAAGUGGAUUUAUCGGCAAUUGUCCAUUGAAAUGAGUGGAAAUCGGUCAGAUGAAGUCCUAGCUUUCCAAGGAUCAGCCGAAACAUCAGAAGGAGAACUUAAUGUCAGCGAGAGGAAAUUUCUAGGUGAGUGGCUUCUGGUUUUGCUUGUAGUCGUUGUCUUUUAGCUUAUGUAGUAGUCGGCCUUCCCUUCCUACACGCACAUGCCCAAAUAUCGAGGCUUUGGAAUGAAGGCAGCAGCUGCAUGUGGAGACAUGCCAUUAUGGUUGGUUAGUAUACAUGGAAUUCACAUAUUUGUUCUAAACAUUGAGGCCCAGGAAGUAUGUGAGAUGGUCACUAUCUAUGUAUCCAUGGCCUUCUUCCUUCUCUGCCUCUGCUAAAAUUAGUUCUUAGUUUAGGCUAUGAUCUUGAUGUUUUGAUGAUAACUAAUGCCUAUAAUUAGUUUUGGUGCUCAAUUUGUUGUAGCUGUAUAGAAUACGAGGGAUCAAUUAAAGCAACUUUAAAUCAUCUUAUGUAGGGUUGUCUUGACCUAUACAAAUUUAA